AUGGAUGAAUUCGUCGAGAAACUAAAUGAAAGAAUCAACCAAUGGAACAAAAUCACACAUAAAGGAAGCGAGAUGUUGGAGCAACUUUGUAUUCAAGAUCAUCAUAGUUUUGAUAAAUCAAAAACUACAGCUAAAGAUGAACAAAUAUUUAUUGAAGACGGAGCAAAAAUAGAGCUUAGUUGUUUAAUAAAAGAAUUAUGCAGUCAAUUAGAUCAUAUGUACACCGAUUAUAAUAAAAUGAUCAAACAAUUGGAACAACAGGAACAAGAAAUAGAAGUAUUAAAACGUAUCGUGCUAUGUCUAUCGAUGUUUGAGCAAGAAUACAAGCUGAAAAAGACAAUUAAUGAAUCACUUCACUCUGGGUCACCUCCGACAGUUGAACAAAUUUCCACUGUUGUAUUGACGGUGUGGAAAACGCAACCGUAUGUUAAUGAAAAAUUGAUCAAGGAAAUUGUUUGA